AUGGAAAACGUGCGCGAAGCAAAACGCGCUAAACCGGGACCUAAGCCUAGUGCUGUGUUGGAUUAUUUCGAAGAAGUCGGUGACUAUAGCUCUAGCUCCAAGCGCUAUGCUCGCAAGUGCAAGUUCAGGUGCCCGGGGCUGCAGGCUUCAGCACCAGCGGCUUCCCCCAGGCGCCCGUGGCUGCUGGCUUUGGCACCGGCGGAACCCCCUAGGUGCCCGGGGCUGCAGGCUUCAGCACCAGCGGCUUGCCCCAGGCGCCCGUGGCUGCUGGCUUUGGCACCGGUGCCCGGGGCUGCAGUCUUCGACACCAGCGGAAUCUCCCAGGCUGAUAGUGGGACAAGUUGCUAUCCCCUGACGUCCGAAGUUACUGGCUUUGGGGAUGGAGCUGUCCAUGGCGGAUUCACCCAGGCGGCCGCUUACAUUCCUGUUAACGGUCCCAGCCCACCUCCAGUCACAGAGGAGGAUGCGGAUCCUGACUGGAACCCGCUGGAUCUGGAGGAGUACCUGAACACCAUCUACAUGGAGGAGGAGCAGCAGCGGGCGCCAUUGAUGGGGGAGGCAAGCAUGAUGGGCAUGCCGGUCAUCGAGGCAGAGAACCGGGCAUCAAUGAGCACGGUUGAGGCAUUGCUGCGGACCACUUUCCCCUGGUUCGACUGGACCAAGCAGCCGCUGGAGCUCAACCCUGGCCAGAAGGCGAUGUCGUUCACCGUGGGGGAGUGA